AGGUUGAGUGAGGGCUCCCGGGUUAGUUCCUGUUAGGCCCCGGCCCGGGGAGUAGGUUCAAGUCUCGCAGGAUGCCGGGUGGUGGGCCCGGGCGCCGGGAGCCGUGAGGGGAGCGAGCGGCGGCGGCGGGCGGCGAGGGCGGCGGGCCCGCGGCGGAGCGGCGGCCGAGCCCGCCUUCCCCGCACCAUGCUCAUAGAGGAUGUGGAUGCCCUCAAGUCCUGGCUGGCCAAGUUGCUGGAGCCGAUAUGUGAUGCUGACCCCUCCGCCUUAGCCAACUAUGUUGUAGCGCUGGUCAAGAAGGACAAACCUGAGAAAGAAUUGAAAGCCUUUUGUGCUGAUCAACUCGAUGUCUUUUUACAAAAAGAAACUUCAGGUUUUGUGGACAAACUAUUUGAGAGUCUUUAUACUAAGAACUACCUUCCACCUUUGGAGCCAGUUAAGCCGGAGCCCAAACCACUAGUCCAAGAAAAGGAAGAAAGUAAAGAAGAGGUAUUUCAGGAACCAGCAGAGGAAGAACGAGAGUCUAGAAAAAAGAAAUACCCUAGUCCCCAGAAGACUCGUUCAGAAUCUGGUGAACGGAGGACACGUGAGAAAAAAAGAGAAGACGGCAAGUGGAGAGACUAUGACCGGUACUAUGACCGAAAUGAACUGUACCGGGAGAAGUAUGAUUGGAGAAGAGGCAGGAGUAAGAGCCGGAGCAAGAGCCGAGGCCUGAGUCGAAGUAGAAGCAGAAGUAGAGGGCGUAGCAAAGACCGGGAUCCAAAUAGAAAUGUUGCAGAGCACAGGGAAAGAUCGAAGUUUAAGAGUGAAAGGAAUGACCUGGAGAGCUCCUACGUGCCCGCGUCUGCGCCACCCCCGAGCUCGUCGGAGCAGCAUUCCUCUGGGGCCCAGUCGAUUCCCAGCACCGUUACUGUGAUCGCACCUGCCCACCAUUCUGAAAACACAACGGAGAGUUGGUCUAAUUACUACAACAAUCAUAGCUCUUCCAACUCUUUUGGUCGAAACCCACCACCAAAGAGGCGAUGCAGGGAUUAUGAUGAAAGAGGAUUCUGUGUGCUUGGUGACCUCUGUCAGUUUGAUCAUGGAAAUGAUCCUCUGGUUGUUGAUGAAGUUGCUCUGCCAAGUAUGAUUCCUUUCCCACCCCCUCCUCCCGGGCUUCCUCCUCCACCACCUCCUGGAAUGUUAAUGCCUCCCAUGCCAGGCCCCGGCCCCGGCCCGGGCCCGGGUCCUGGUCCUGGUCCUGGCCCUGGCCCAGGUCCUGGCCACAGCAUGAGACUUCCUGUUCCUCAAGGACAUGGUCAACCUCCACCUUCUGUUGUGCUUCCCAUACCAAGGCCGCCCAUAUCACAGUCAAACUUGAUAAACAGCCGUGAACAGCCUGGGACAAGCUCAGUGCCCAAUCUUGCACCAGUGGGAGCAAGACUACCUCCUCCUCUACCCCAGAACCUCCUUUACACAGUAUCAGAACGACAGCCCAUGUACUCUCGUGAACAUGGUGCUGCUGCAUCUGAGCGACUUCAGUUGGGGACACCGCCUCCUCUGCUGGCAGCUCGUUUGGUGCCACCUCGCAACCUCAUGGGAUCCUCCAUUGGGUAUCAUACCUCAGUCUCCAGCCCCACCCCUCUGGUCCCAGAUACAUACGAACCGGAUGGUUAUAACCCAGAAGCUCCUAGUAUUACCAGUUCUGGUAGAUCACAGUACAGACAGUUCUUUUCAAGAACCCAGACUCAGCGCCCUAACCUGAUUGGCCUAACAUCUGGAGACAUGGAUGCAAAUCCAAGAGCUGCUAAUAUUGUCAUCCAGACUGAACCUCCAGUUCCUGCUUCAAUGAAUAGCAACAUAACCAGAGUCGUUCUUGAACCCGACAGCCGGAAAAGAGCCAUGAGUAGUUUGGAAGGACCACUCACAAAGAAGCCUUGGCUGGGAAAGCAAGGGAAUAACAAUCAGAGUAAGCCAGGAUUCUUGCGGAAGAAUCAAUAUACAAACACCAAAUUAGAGGUCAAAAAAAUCCCUCAGGAAUUGAACAACAUAACAAAGCUCAAUGAACACUUCAGCAAAUUUGGAACUAUUGUUAAUAUCCAGGUGGCGUUCAAGGGCGACCCAGAAGCAGCCCUCAUCCAAUACCUUACCAAUGAGGAGGCCAGGAAAGCCAUUUCUAGCACAGAAGCGGUUCUGAACAACAGGUUCAUUCGAGUCUUGUGGCACAGGGAAAACAACGAGCAGCCAGCACUGCAGUCUUCAGCACAGCUGCUCUUGCAGCAGCAGCAGCAGCAGCAGCAGCAGCAGACAGUGAGUCACCUCUCCCAGCAGCACCACCACCUACCGCAGCACCUCCAUUCGCAGCAGGUGAUGGCCACACAGUCUCCGCCCUCGUCGGUGCACGGAGGCAUCCAGAAGAUGAUAGGCAAACCACAGACACCAGGUACCUAUGUUCUUAACAAAGUUCCUGUUAAACAUCGUCUUGGCCAUUCAAGCGGUAGCCAGAGUGAUGUGUCCCAUGUGUUGAGUCAGCCUGGCGGUGCUGGGGAGGACUGCCAGAUAUUUUCGGCUCCAAGCCAUCCAAAAACAAUUUAUAGCUCCACAAACUUAAAGACAUCUUCAAAACUUUCUUCAGGGUCUAAAUCUCAUGAUGUUCAAGAAGUUCUUAAAAAAAAACAGGAAGCCAUGAAGUUACAACAAGAUAUGCGGAAGAAGAAACAGGAAAUGUUAGAAAAACAAAUAGAAUGUCAAAAGAUGCUGAUAUCCAAGCUAGAAAAAAACAAAAACAUGAAACCAGAAGAAAGAGCAAACAUAAUGAAGACUUUGAAAGAACUUGGAGAAAAGAUUUCACAAUUGAAAGAUGAACUAAAAACAUCUUCUGCAGUCUCCACACAAUCCAAAGUGAAGACAAAAACAGAGGCCCAGAAAGAACUACUAGACACUGAACUGGACCUCCACAAGCGGCUAUCCUCAGGAGAAGACACAACAGAACUAAGGAAAAAACUCAAUCAGUUACAGGUUGAGGCAGCAAGAUUAGGUAUUUUACCCGUGGGUCGAGGAAAGACUAUGUCCUCCCAAGGUCGAGGAAGAGGCCGAGGUCGUGGAGCCAGAGGGAGGGGUGCACUAAAUCACAUGGUGGUGGACCACCGUCCCAAAGCAAUAACAGUUGGGGGAUUCAUUGAAGAGGAAAAGGAUGAAUUACUUCAGCAUUUCUCAGCUGCAAACCAAGGGUCAAAAUUCAAAGACCGUCGGCUACAGAUAUCAUGGCACAAACCCAAGGUACCUUCUAUAUCCACUGAGACUGAGGAGGAAGAAGUCAAAGAGGAGGAAACAGAAACCUCAGAUUUGUUCUUGCAUGAUGAUGACGAUGAAGAUGAAGAUGAAUAUGAGUCUCGGUCAUGGCGAAGAUGAAAUCUGAUGGCGAGCUGUAUAAUUUUUAGGAAUAUUGUUUAGAAGAACAACUUUUUAAAAUUAUUUAAAGAAGUCGAUGAGCCAAAAAAAUUUUAUUUUUCUUUUCAACACAAUAGGUUUAAGGACAGCAACUUUGCUAUUUAAACACAUCUCAUAAUUGUACAUGCUACUAAAGCACCAAAGGCCUAGUGCUUCUGACACAGUUGGGAAGACCCGCAGGAAUGACACGGAUCUAGAGCCUUACUUUCCACACCGCCUGUUUCUGUUGCUGUUGGUGUUGGAUUAUGAUGUAAAUGACAGGGUGUUCAGAAAUCUUAUUUUUAUUAUAAUCUGCUGAUAAAAUUUCAUUAAAUGUCAAAAUCGCCUGGAAUCUCUUAGCUCACCUAUUAUGAAUGGGUCAUCAGAGGAGAUAUUUGUAAUUAAAAUGCCCUUUGCUUUCAAGAGUUGUUUUGGAAGAGAAGUAAAUUUAUUUUUUUUUAAAUUGUAGAGUCUAAUUUGUAUUCAAUGUCAAGUUGUUUUCAGUUUUUCUGUGUAGUCGUUUGCCAGUGAAAAUCCCAACUAACUCUGUCCUUCAGUGCUGCAGGUUGUGCUGUGUGUUCACCGCGAGAACUGCAGACUUGGCCGCCUCCCACCCUGAGCUCUGGCCCGUGGUCUCUCCCUCCCCGCCCCCUCCUCACCUCAGGAUGUAUCCACUGCCUCCUUGGAGUCCCCCCUUUUCAUGACUAGACCUGAUGUGUAGAGAUAAGUGCUCGUACCGGGCCAUCAAGAGUCAGACCUCAAUAAGAGGCUGAUCCUCGCACUUCAAUAAAUAAGAGACGUUUAGAUGAGAAUAAAGGAAGGGUUUCUAGGGGUUAAAUGCCAGCCUUUUUUCUUUCAAAGCUUCACUUAUAGUUACAGUACAAAAGGAUUACAAAGUGUUCAAAGUUCUUUAAUUAAAUUUAAACCAUGCUAGUGAGGUACCUGGCCGGGGGGGGGGGUGUUGCUAUGUGUGUUAGUAAUAAGUGGAAUCCUAACUUGACAUUGGGCAGAUGAUCUUAUAUUUUCCUAAUUUUUUAGCUUGUUGUUUUUCAGAAACAUAUGCAUACUCCAGUAGGCGGUUUCCUUUGCCGUGUGCAUUUUUACUGUACACUGUAUAGAGCCUCUGUUAAGUAAAAUAUAUAUGGAAAUUUAUGUCCUUGUGUUCUGAAUGUUAGACGGAAAAGCAGAGGAGCAACACUACACUUUUCUGGCCCCUGGGGAAAUAAAAUGAUUAAUGUACAUAGGAUGUCACUUUUUCAAAGAUAUAUACACCUGUGUUUUUAAUGUGUGUGGUGGUAUAAACAAAAUGAAACUUCCUGUUGGCUUCAUUGUUCUUGGUGAUCAGUAUAGCAAGGAUUUUUUUUUCCUGAGGUAGACUUUCUCAAAAUAGAAACUAUUCACUAAGAAACUUAAAAAACCAUCAGGAUUGUAGAUUGACUUACAGGUUAAAUCCCAAAUUCUGAUCAUCCUUUUCCCUCCCACAAUGUUGUCCUGGGAUGAUGUCUCAGAACAGGAUCAUUUUUAAGUUCACGUACUUCUCCUUUCGUAAUGAGGGCCUGUUUCUACGUUAUUGUGUUUCUGAUCGCACUGAAGCUAAGAUAAGCUCCAAUGAAGAAUGGGGAACCUACAGUAAGCAAUUUUGCUCCUUAUUCCUCCACCAACUUUAAUGAAAUUUUCCUAAUGUCUGUGGCUCAGUCAGUAUAUAUUUUGAAAGAUUCAUUGUGGUGAAUAUUUUGAGUCCUAACAGUUUAAGCGUGAUAGAGGGAACAAAGGAUUUAUAUAUUUUUUGUACAAAGUUUUUUCUUAAACUGUAUAAUUUUGUAAAUAAUUUGUUUGGUUUUUUUUUUCUUUUGUGUACUAAAACUACCAGCGUAUAGAUUUCAAUAAGAAUUGUUGUAUUUUUGUAUUUGGGAACUGAGAAUUACAGUAAAUUAAUGGAGCUGCAAGAAAAUUUUCAGUAGACAGUUGACAGAAUGAAAUUCCUUUUCAUAUGAUUUUUUAACCUCAAAAUUAAUAUCUUAUUACACUGACUAGAGAGAGAGUUGAGGAUUCGUUUGACUCUUUAGUUAUUGGGGACAGGGAAUGAAAGAGAAAGGUACAGAAAGGAAGAGCAGUUAGGUUUCUUUUUUAAUUAAGGUUUACAGUCCUUUGUAUAAAACUUGAAUUUUCAGCAUACCUUAGGUAGAACUAAAAUACUUUUAAAUGUCUUUCCUGAGAAACCUAAAACAUGUUUGAAAAUGAAUUAAAAGUAUGGAUUAAUUAAUUAUAUUAUAAAAUCCCAAGUUAGCGUAGAUUGUCUCUGUACAUACAUACACCGCCCCUCCGGCGUUGGGAUUGUUUUUCCCCUACCUUCCAGUGAACAACUGUUAGGUUUCUCCUAAAAGCGAAUAGCUUCCAUGCCUUGUUUUCCUCCUGUCUUUACAUCAGAGGCAAAUCCUGCUGUUCUUCGUGUGUGUGAUGCCUUUUACAAGUAGCCGGAAAGCACCAGAAGCCGCCCAUCUGGCUAGGUCAGUCUGAUUUCUACCCAAGCCUGCAGACGUAACCCCAAGGAAUGGACAUUUCCCUCAGUUUCUUCAUGGAACAUGGAGAAAAUAUUGUCACCAGCUAAGAGGAAAAAAUUGGAAACAGUCUUGUUAGGACUGAGAAAGGCCCGUGGUGUUGGAUCAUUAUUUCAAAAAGAAAAAAAAAAUCAUGUGGAAAGGAAUAGUGGUUCCUCUUGAUGUACAGUAUGCCUGUAUUAUAGUUUUUACAAAAUUGUGAACUUGUGUAAUAGUAUAAUAGGAGAUAUUGUUGAAUUUCUAACUGUUUAUACAUUUAAAUUCAUAUAUGUAAUGUUUGUUUUAUCAAUUACAAUCUGAAUUUCUAAGAA